GGGUAAGGUUCUGGUGACGUCACCCUGCGGCUCACUGUUGUUCUAAAAGAGAUGCUUGGAACACAGACAGCAGCAGAGUUCUAUAGGUAAAGUCUUGGAACAGAAACAGGCAUCAACCAGGAAGUCAUAGAUAAACAUAGCAAAGAAAGCUGGAGGAUGCUGACUGGGGCCCCAUACAUACAAUAAAAGAGGAAGGAGGUGUCAUGUGGCUCAGCACUGUCUAGCUCUGGGAUAUUAUUUAUUUUCUCCUCGGUGUACAUCAUUUGCAGACAAAAGAGAUUUUUGUCUAAUCAGCAAAGUCACUGCUGCCCUAUGAGAAAGCAAUUUGAGCUGAGGUUUGUGGGGAGAGGUUGACCUACACAGAUACCUAUAUUAUUAGUGUUAUUCUGUGAGUGUUUAUAUUUUGAUGAUGCAGGAUUUGUGAUUGUUGUUGUUAGUGAAUUCAGUAGAUUUAUGUUCGCAGGCUGAGUAACUUAUUUUGCACUCCAUCUAUCUGCAGUAAUCGCUGUAGGUCAAGUCUCUGUCUGUAGAUUGCAUUCUCAUUGUGUCUGGAAGAUUGGAUGUCUUUGUUAUGACAAUCUGAGUCGGGGGUCACUUUGCCUUUUAUCUCCCUCUGGGCUUUUCAUUUAGAGAGUAAUCCAUAUAAAUGCAUUUAUACAGAAUAGCCUUUUGUCACAAUUGUGUAUAAUUACUUUGGCAUGUAGUUAGUUGUUAAUGCUUUGUACGUAGGUACUGGGUAUUUAUUAUUCCUGAUAAUCAGCCAUAACUGUUUUUACGUUGCUUUGUAAUUAGUUUCUAUUUUGGAGAAUUUCCAUCUCCCUGUAGGUCCCAUCGUUUAAGGCUUAUUCUGCCUACCCAGAUAUGCUAUAGGAGACCCAUGGUCUUUACUCUUCUUCUCUCAGCCUACAAGCUUUGCAGGGUGAUUACCAUGUUUAGCAAUGACCGUCUUCUAGUACCAGGGUAUGUCAACAAUAUGUGCUGGUGGCAGACCUCAGGAGGUACAAGCAGAGGUCAAGAUGUGUCACCAGGAGCUCCGGGGGAUGUGCAGGUGGCUUUGGAUAAAGUCCUUCCUGACAUGCAUGUUGCCAUUUCUAACCUGAAGCAAGCACUGUGUGCACAAAGCAUGUGCAAGACCAUCACAGAAAUACUUCAGAUGGUUGAAGAGGCAUGGACUAUGCCAACGGUGGGCCGAGACGUUGCCCAGGGGUUGUGUGAAACCAUAAGGCUAGAAGGUGCAUUGGACCUACUUCUCAACUUGCUUCAAACAGCUGACAUAGAGGUGAAGUACAAGGCUUGCCAACUCCUGGAACAGAUCCUGGUGACAGAUAACAGGUAACCCCUUGUACCAUGGUGCAUGCCACGUGACUGUAUAUGUAAGCUUGUAUCUGCCAAUCCUAUGUUUUUGAAACUUGAAAUAAAUAAAUUUUUAAUUAACAUAUUUUAAAACAGAGUUUAUAAUGGAGAAUUUAUUGUGUAUGUGUUUUUCUAUAUUUUCUCGGGUCAUGAUUUAUGUUGCGUUAACUAAUAACAGGUUUAUCUGAUAUGUAAAUGAACAACAGCCAUUUAGUUAUUUUUCUGUUUUAUAAGUGUGCAUAGUAUAAGAAUACAUUCUAAUUAAUAUCUAAAUAAUAUCCAGUACUAACAUGGUUGAGAAACCAUUGAUUGAUAUAUUAGGAGGAUGGGAAAGAGUAAAAAAAAUGCUAACUCAGCCUCAGUCACAUGGGAAAACUCCCCUUCCCCCUCUCCAGCAUCAUAUAGUACCUGACACAAUAAACACAAUAUAGAAUUACACGUACAAGGUUAUUCACUAAACUGUGAUCUGUUGGGAAUUCAAAGUGGAUUUUACAUUUUAGAACAAAACAGAUGAACUGAAAAGAUAGCUAGAUAUUUUUAUACGUUUUUAUAAUAAAAUACAAAAUACAAGUGGUCCAUCAGAUGUUGUAAUUGAUAUUGUGCUUGUUAGUUGUUAUUGUUGACAGUGGUUUCAAAUUUUAAACGGGACAGUAGAGCCAGUUAGCAGUGUUGGUAAGUUUAUGUGGUUCUCAGACUAGUUAUCAAUAACCACUAAGGUCCAGAUUAUUACUGAUAUGCACAUUUGGAAUAGAAAGGGGAUGGAGGGAGCAAGAGACACAGAAUGUGUUGGGAGUAGAGACACACAAAGGGGCUGGGGGGAGCAAGAGACACAGAAGGUGUUGGGGGAAGUGACAAACAAAGGGGCUGGGGGGGAGCAAGAGACACAAAAGGUGUUGGGGAAGAGACACACAAAGGGGCUGAGGGGGAGCAAGAGACACAGAAGGUGUUGGGGGAAGAGACACACAAAGGGGCUGGGGGGAGCAAGAGACACAGAAGGUGUUGGGGGAAGUGACAAACAAAGAGGCAAGACACACAGAAGUUGUUGGGGAUAAAAAGACACACAAAGUGGUUGGGGAGAAGGGACUGGAGUGCAAAAGAGAGUUGUGUGGCAAUUUUUUUGCGGGGAAGGGGGGGAUUGUGGUAAAUUAAAUACAAUUUAUAGUGACUAUCAUCACCCAUGUCGAUGAUAAGCAACAGAAGCUUGUUUGCUAUAUAAAGUGUCACCAGAGGAGCAGAAGGGAUAUCAUCAUUGGUCAUUAUGAGGAACCUUGCAUGUUUUAAAGAAGUAAUGCUGGUCUCCUUAGUAAUGAGUUUAAGCAAUGGUUAAAGUAAAACAAUAUUCAAAUAUAAUGUGUUAGUAGAAAACUGUAGUAAAGUAAAAUCCAGUUCAUUAACAUUGAAUCAGAAUUUAAUCACUUAGCAUGUAUCCAACACAGGUAAAAGGAACGGGCUGGCUGAAUACCCUGCAAUCAGACCAGGAAUUGGUAGUUUAAGAAAUUGAUACAAAUUCAUAUUGAAGGAUUCCCUGAUGACGGGAUGAGGCCAUUACUUCUGGUACAAUUCCUCAGAAAUGCCCAGGGUGGGAUAGUUUGAAGUGAACAUACAUUAUAUUUAAUGCUUGGCUCACUAUACAGAGGCAAGCUGAUGUUAUAUAUACUUUGUAUUUGGCAAUGUUAUCAAUAGGGGCUCAUUAAAAUUAGAAUAUAAAACACCAAAAAGAAAACACUUUAACCCCUUAAGGACACAUGACAUGUGUGACAUGUCAUGAUUCCCUUUUAUUCCAGGAGUUUUGUCCUUAAGGAGUUCAAGAACUGAUUCAUUCUUACCAUGCCUUUGUGUGAUCUAACACUGCAUUGUGAACUAAUAACAGACUAAAAUUGUGUACACAUGUAACCUGGGGCCUGCACUCACUGCUAAUUGUGGCACAACAUCCUGUAUUGAUUUAGUCUUGUGUCUUGGGAUGCAAAAUUUAAAAGUACAGCUUGUUCGUAAUCGUUUGCUGCUAAAUAGAUAAUUUCCAUUAUGAAAAUACAUAAAGAAAAUUAAAGAUUUGUAUUUUAAGAAUAUAUUUUGCUAGAACAGUUAAUUUUAGAAAUCUGAAAGGUAGUUCAGCACUUAGGAACAGCUUGGGACGCCGUGUGCCAAGUGUUAUUAGGGAUGGGUGUAAAUGUAGUACAAUUCAUUUAUCAUUCAAAGAAUUAAAGGAACACUUUAAUCACCAUAAACACUGCAGUGUGCUGUUGUGGUUAUGGUGCAAGGAGUAGUCUGGUGCAUUGUAAGUAAUCACACCAUUUUAGAAUGGUUACACUUCUUGAAUACCAAUCAAAGGUUGCCUCUUUUUACAGAGGAGUGUGUAUAACAAAAGUGCUCAAAAGAGUCAAAAAGUGAUUUACAGGCAGCUCAAUACACUAGUGUGGAAAUAUCCUCUAUUCCACUGAAUAAAUUUAGUAGAUAUUGGUGCGGUGUAAGUGACAAGGACCUACACCUAUAAGUGGAGCGCUCAAACACAGAUAAAUCUUACCAAAACGUAGUCUCAUUCAAUGGUAAAAUAUGGGGUACAUGUCAAAAUAAAAUACAGAAAAUACAAUAUAGUGUAGACGGUACUAAAAAAUGGUUUCACAGUGAUUAUAAUAAUAUCGUGUUGAAUAUUACACUCACAUUUCAAGGAGCCUGUAUAUAGAAAACACUGGCUCCGUAUAAAGGCUUGUGUGCUGUUAUGGUAGCACCACCCUCCUACUUCGGCUUGAAGAAUUUCUCGGGAACACGAAAAAAAGAGAAGAAAGCAAACCAAUGUGUAGACUUAUGGUGAUAAAUGACACAGAUAUGUGUUCAAUAAAUGGGGUGCUCACCUGGUCCUGAGCCUACGAAUCCCGGCUCUAGGUAUGUGGAUUUUGUGCCAAUUUGAAUGGGGAUGGCACUACCCCUGUGAGGAUUCCUUGGAGGCUCCAAAAAGAACUUGGAUGAGGUAUUGAAUGAAAAUGGUGAAUUUAUUAGUUUAAAAUAAACAUAAAAACAAAGAUGAUAAAAGUCCUCAAAUAAAAGUCCUUUAAAAAUGGCCAUGGUUACACUUCUUACCUGGGGCAUGCCGAGCAUCGCUCCCUUCUUCAGUUACUUCCAUUGGAGAGCUACAGAGAACUUCUGUUAUCUCUCCUACCCUAGUUGAGUCGAGGGGACUUUGAUACACGCUAAAGCCUAGAGUGCCUACAUUCCAGCUUAAUUGUGUGGAAAUUUGCAUCGGAUAGAAAACCAAGAGCGUCUUCUACUGAUCUGUUAAACAAAAGUUUAGAUGAAGAAUGGGCAAGCUAGACACUAUAACUUGAUUUGACUUAUUCUUAUUUUCCCUAGCCGGUAGCUACCGUAAUGUUUUUUUCUUUAAAAUGUGGAUACUAGUCAUCUUAGUAUGGCACACCUGUAAAAAGGAAACAAGGUAUUUUUCUAUGUGUCAAGUCAGAUGCAGUCCCAUAUUUUGCCCAGAAUAUAUGUACUAAAAAAAACAGAAAAACAUAGUUAUUAUGAAAAAGAUUUAAAAGGACCCACGGGAAAAACUUAAAAUGCAGUAAGUUUAAUAUUCAGGCUCAGAGACAUUCUCCUUGGUGCUUGUUAAAAUAGAUUGGCAAAUUGAAGCUGGAUGAACUCACAACAGCACAUAUCUUUUUUGUUUUUGUUCUGCUUUUGUUUUUUGUUUUUAAACUUAUUUGUUUUGAACUAUGGAGUAAAAUGAAAGUAAUUAUUAAUGGUUAUUGUUUUAUCAUGUUUUAUGCUAGGAAUUUCAUAUUUUGAAUCAUAUACUGUCUUUAAAUUGAAAGUCCUUUUUUAUGUUCUGUCGAUUUUUUUACAGUUUUUCAUGAACAAUAUAUAAGAAUUAAUUUUUUUAGCCAACAGAAGAACAUUACAAGUCCCGAAUGGCAGGUUGUGGACACUUGGUAUGAGAGAGCUCACUGGCUUUAAGACCUUCUCUCCAUCUCCACCAUCAGGUUAAAUAUGGUAAUAUAUGUAGCCAGACUUCAUUAUAAGAAACAAGAAUAACUGUGGUUGUUGAAAAGCAAUGUAUGCUCCCAUUGAUGUCAGUGAGAGAACUGCUAUUUAGUUACCAGACGUAAAGGAACACUUUAGGGUCAGGAACACAAACAUGCAUUCUUGAACCUAUAGUGUUUUAAACACUAUCUAGCCCCACUAGCCCCCCUAAAUAUAGCAAAAUCUUGGUUUUAAUCUAGUCUGUUGCUGCUGGCUUUGCCCCGAUCUGCCUGCUUGGCUGAAAUCAUCAGAAGUGUUUAUCUGAGCCAAUCACAAUGCUUUCCCAUAGGAAAGCAUUGGAUUGGCUGAGCUUGUCAAGAAGGCAGAUCAGCGGCAGAGCCAGCACAAGCCAAACACAGCUCUGGCCAAUCAGCAUCUCUUCAUAGAGAUGCAUUGAAUUAAUGCAUCUCUAUGAGGAAAGUUCAGUGUCUGCAUGCAGAGUGUGGAGACACUGAAUGGCAGUGCUGGGGCAGUGUGCAGCACUGCCCCAGCAAGCAUCUUUAACAGUCAUGUGAGGAGUGGCUAGUCUAGGUAUGCCUAGGCUGUAAUGUAAACACUGCCUUUUCUCUGAAAAUACACUGUUUACUGCAAAGAGCUCAAGUUUAUCUCUUGUGAUAGAAUUCAGCCCAUAGAGUGAAAAGAGAAAACAAUUAAAAAAAAUCUGCACUGGAACAUUAACCCCUUAAGGACGCCCAAGCCGUCCUAUGUACUUAACCGGUCGCCAGCGAUCCCACGCCGGCGAUCGCGGUGUGGGGACUCACCUGGCAUCCCAGGGAGUCCCACUCCUUCUGUUUCGGCCCCCUUGGGCCAUGUGAUCACGAGGUCCUUGUGAGGACCUCAUGAUCACAUGGACGGCAUAGCCAUGUCCAUGUCAGUGACAGCAGGGGGAGUGCCACUUAGUCACAAACACUGGCCAAAAUUGGUGUUCAAAUUAGUUUUUUGCAUUUUUCACACACCUGCAAAUAUUAACACUAACUUUUGCCAGUGUUUGUAACCAAGUGGCUACUAAAAAGACUGGAUACACCCCAUUUGCAAUAUUUUGGGUUGUCUACUAUUGCAAAUGGUAUGCCAUCAUGGGGGUAAUUCUCAUUCCUGAGCUACUAUACGGUCUCAAAGGCAACGUAACCAAUCUGGCGAAUUUCAAUGUGAAAAAAAUGAAAAAUGUAACAUGCUAUAUUUGACCCUGUAACUUCCCAAAACACCAUAAAACCUGUACAUAAGGGGUAUUGUUUUACACGUGAGACAUCACUGAAUACAAAUAUGUGUAUUUUAUUGCAGUUAAAGCAAACAGUAUUAUGACAUUCACAGUUAAAAUGUCACUUAUAACUAAAAAAUGUUUUAAAAUUCUUAUUUUCUCCCAUUUUGUUUUUAUAUUUUAUUCAUAUUAAAUUAUGUUUCAUACCUAAAUAUUUGAUGUUAAAUGAAAGCCCUCUUUCCCCUGAAUAAAAUGAAAUAUAAGUGUGGGUGCACAUAAUAUUAAAGAGGUGAAUUACGCCUGAACAGACAUAUAGUCAAAUUCAAGGUUUUGUUUACGUUUUGUUUUGAUCACAACGUGUGCAUUUGGCUCAGUCUUUAAGGGGUUAAUCUAUGCAAAAUAAACAAUGCAAACAACAUUACAGUCUAAACUGUAACCUUCUAGGACAGUGAUGGCGAACCAUUGGCACGCGUGCCACAGGUGGCACGCCGGACCCUCUCUGUAGGCACGCGGCCAUAGCUCGCCAUCAAUGCAGAGUAGGCACCUGCCUGCCCAAAACGGCAGGCGCCUACUCUGCUUCCGUGUCGGGAUGACAGGGGGAGUGAUCUGUGAAGCAGCUCUCCCGUCCUCCCGCGAGCAAUCAGUGUGGAGCGUUGCCGCGCGUUACCAUGGCAACGCUCCACACAGCAUCGGGAGGACAGGAGAGCUGCAGGACCUGUCCCUCUUACCACCACCGGACCACCAGGGAUUUAUGUGUGUCCCCCUCCUUCACAUAAGGUAAGCAGAAGGGAGGGGUGAUGUAAAAAUAUAUUUGCAGCCCUCCCCCACUAACACACACAGCAGCCCCCUCCACACAGCACCCCUUUCACACACAGCACCGCUCUCAUACAGAGCAGACAGCACCCCUCCCCACACACACACAGCACCCCUUUCACACACAGCAUCCCUCUCACACAGAGCACCCAGCACCCCCCACACACACAACACCCCCUUACUCACACACUCAGCACCCCCACACACACACAGCACCCCAACACACACAGCACCCCCCCACACACAGCACCCUCUCACACAGCACUCUCAGCACCCCCCACACACACAUUGACAGCACCCUCCACACAGAGCACCCCUCUCACACAGAGCACCAGACCCCCCACACACACAACACUCCCUCACACCCACACACAGCACCCCACACAGCACCCCUCUCACACAGAGCAAUUCCAGCACCCCCCACACACACACAGCACACCCCACACACAGCACCCCCUCACACACAGCACCCCCCACACACACACAACACCCCCUCACACACACAGCACCCCCACACACACACAGCACACACAGCACAGCACCCCCUCUCACACACACACAGCACCCCUCUUGCACACAGCACCCCUCACACACACACAGCACCUCUCAUACACAGCACUCCACACACACUCCGCACCCUUACACACAAACACAUAUACUGCACCCCUCAAUGCAGCAUGUGUGUGUGUUUGUGUGUAUGUAUUCAGCAGUUUGUGUGUACUCCGCAGUCUGUCUGUACUCAGCAUUCUGUCUGUGUGUGUGUGUGUAUUCAGCAGUCUGUCUGUAUGUGUAUUCAGCAGUGUGUGUAUUCAGCAGUCUUUAUGUGUGGACGUUUGUGAGUGUGUGUAUGCAGCGAACUGUGUGCAUGUAUUCAGUGGACUGUGUGUGUGUCGGUGUGUAUGUAUUCAGCCGUCCGUGUGUAUGUAUUUUAUGUAUGUAUUGCAUUUGUUGGAGAUACUAAUAAAUAUAAGCCUAAUUUUAUCUAUGAUUUAAAUUAUUCCUGUGAGUUGUGUGUAUGCAGGGCCCUAGUGCACUGCUUUGCCCGGGGACCCAUAAUGUUGUUAAGGUGGCACUGGUGGGUGGGUGGGAUGGAGGGCUGCAAGGGAGCACUGACUUAUGUGCUGUUACAGCACUGCUCCCUCCAUUGAUGCCGCCGGGAGAAAUGAAAUGAUGUCAGUCAGGCGCCGCCGUCUGAUUGACGUAAUUUCCUGUUUUGCCAGCAGCAUCAGCAGAGGAAGCAGUGCUGGAACAGCAUGUAAGUCAGUGCUUCAUCGCACCCACUCCCUCUUACAGCAGCGGGAAGGAGGUAGGGAGCCUGGGAGGACUUCAAACUCCCACCCGCACCAAAAAAAAACAACAUUAUUUAUGUGCUGGUAGGGAGAGGGGAUAUACUGGGGGAGGGAGGAUAUGCGGCGGUAGUGAGGGGAAGAUGCCUAGGGAAGAGAAGAGGAGACCCUGGGGGGAGAGAAGAGGAGACCCUGGGGGGAGAGAAGAGGAGAAGCUGGGGGAGAGGAGGAGAUGCUGGAGGAGGAGAUGCUGGGAGAGGAGAGAGGGAGGAGAUGCUGGGGAGAGAGAGGAAAAUCAGGAGAGAAAGAGGAGAUGCUGGGGAGAGAAGAGGAGAUGCUGGGGGGAGAGAAGAGGAGAUGCUGCGAGAGGAGAGAAGAGGAGAUGCUGGGGUAGAGGAAGAGGAGGAGAUGUUGGGGGAGAGGAAGAGGAGGAUAUGCUGGGGAGAGGAGGAGAUGCUGGGGGAGAGAGAGAAGGGAGGAGAUGCUGGGGGUAGAGGAGGAGAAGAUGCUAUAGGGGAGAGGAGGAGGAGAUGCUGGGGGAGAAGGGAAGGAGCAGAUGCUGGGGGAGAAAGGGAGAGGAAGAGAAGAAUCUGGGGGAAAGGAGGGGGAUAUGCUGGGGGGAGAUAGGGAGAGGAAGAGGAGAAUCUGAGGGAGAGGAAGAGGAGAAUCUAGGGGAGAGGAAGAGGAGAAUCUGGGGGAGAGGAAGAGGAGAAGGAUGUGCUGCGGGGAGGAGGAGGAGGAAGAGGAGAUGCUAGGGGGAGAGAGGGAUAUGCUAUGGGUAGAGAAGGGAAGAUGCUGGGGGGAAAGAAGAGGAUAAUUAGUUCGGACAACUGUACGAGUUGUUUUUUCUAAACUUAAACCUCAGUAUUCAGGUUUAAUUGCUUUGUUGGCACUUUGAGGGGAAAAAAGUUGGCAUGUAUUGCGGUUUGGGCACUCGGGCUCAAAAAGGUUCGCCAUCACUGUUCUAGGUUAAGACUGAGUAAUCCACAUAAUGUAUGAAUUGGUGAAAGGUCAGGGAAAGUUGUGGAGUACAUUAUUAUUAAUCAUGAAAAACAGGUGGUCUGGUAUCCUGAGAUCGCAGUGAUCCCUUUUCCCUUCUCCUGUGAUCGACUCUCAUUGAGAAUUAUGAUGAAUGAUGUAAUUCUCUGUCUACAGCCACUAAUACAGAGCAGAGCUGUUAGGUGUAAGUACAUGAAGCUACCCUAGUGAACACAGGAGGGUUCAGAAUGCAAUUACCACCUAACAAGGACUUGCUGAUAUGGGAUCCCCUGGACACAGUAACUGAGAUUUUGGUUUAUUGUGCUAGCUGCAACAGGCAUACAAGAAAUGGAGAGAAAUUCUUCAUUAUGUGUUCUAGUAAAGAAAAUGUUAGACUCAGUAUAAUGUUAUUCAGAUGACCCUUUAAAGACAGAUGACUUCUAGAGGUUUGUAUGUGUCUGUUUUAUAGUAGAUGUGAAAUAUGUGAAGUUCAUUUAUGUAAACUGCAUUUCUCUUGGAACACCAUGGACUAUGACCAAUUAGACAGCUAAACAAUGGAUAAUGUGGGACUGUUAUAUUCUGGCUGGGAACACUGUCGUUAUGUGUACCCUCUAGUGUUUACAUAGCACAAGGAAAAUGGCUAAAUAUAGUCAAUACCUCCAGAAAAAAUGUGUAAAAUCAAUGCAUAGCAACAUGACAGUUAUAGACACAGCAAUGAUAUAGAGGGAGCAAACACAGCAAAAUGAUCUAUAUUUUGUGAAAAUCUGAACAUCCAGUAGGUAUUCAAUUGAACACCAACAAGUGUCAAUCAAGUACGGAACUGCAAGUCGUAAGUAAGUCAUGGUAUAUUGUUCCACUAAAGGGCUAAUCAGGUUACAGAUGUAACUCAUUUGCUGUUAUAAGAAAAUACUUAUUCUGAAUUAACCAUUCUAUGUAAUAAAACUACAUGCUACAUUUCCUCCUCUCAUCUUGAAUUACUUUAAUUUAAUUAAUUUGCAGGGAUCGUAUCGCACGUAUUGGUCUGGGAGUCAUUUUGAAUAUUACUAAAGACAGAGAUGAUCCAAAACUUGCACGCAGCCUUUCUGGUAUCCUGGAACAUAUGUUUAAACACACAGAGGAGACCUGUAAGCAACUCAUCUGUGAAGGAGGCCUGGACUCCAUUCUCUUUUGGUGCCGUUGGACAGACCCUGUGGUUCUCCGUCACUGUGCUGUGGCCCUUGCGAACUGUGCCAUGUACAGUGGCCCCUCCAACCAGCGGCUGAUGAUUGAGAAGAGAGCAGCUGAGUGGCUUUUCCCCCUGGUCUUCUCCAAGGAGGAUGAUCAGAUACGGUUUCACGCAUGCCUUGCCAUCACCGUGUUAGCCACCAACAAAGAAAUCGAGAAAGAAGUGGAGAGAUCAGGAACUCUGGCAUUAGUUGAACCUUUCAUCUCUUCUCUGGACCCUCAGGAAUUUGCUCGAUCUCUUUUAGACAACGGUGACAACACACAGGGCAGAAACACUGGUGAUCUACAGCGCCUAGUGCCAUUAUUGGACAGCUCCCGCUUAGAGGCCCAGUGCAUUGCUGUUUUCUAUUUAUGCGUAGAGGCUGCUAUCAAAUCCCAGCAGAAGAAUACAAAGGUAUUCACAAAUACAUCAUUAUCAACAAAUGUAUUGCCAUACAGGGAGUUUGGAAUGUAAGUCAUUCUUUUAAUGGCCCAAUCCCCUGUGCACAUGCUUUUUUUCAUAACUGGUGGCUAACGUUCAUUGACACAGUGAACUUACCUAACGCUUCGCUGUUUGUGUAAUGAAGUCUCCGUUUACCUGCUGUGAGAACUCACUUAUCUUACUUUUCUGUUAUGUUCUAUAUAAUGAAAAUCACAGUAAAGAUUAAAGGAACACUAUAGUCACCUAAAUUACUUUAGCUAAAUAAAGCAGUUUUAGUGUAUAGAUCAUUCCCCUGCAAUUUCACUGCUCAAUUCACUGUCAUUUAGGAGUUAAAUCACUUUGUUUCUGUUUAUGCAGCCCUAGCCACACCUCCCCUGGCUAUGAUUGACAGAGCCUGCAUGAAAAAAAAACUGGUUUCACUUUCAAACAGAUGUAAUCUACCUUAAAUAAUUGUAUCUCAAUCUCUAAAUUGAACUUUAAUCACACACAGGAGGUUCUUGCAGGGUUUAGCAAGCUAUUAACAUAGCAGGGGAUAAGAAAAUCUUAAUUAAACAGAACUUGCAAUAAAGAAAGCCUAAACUGGGCUCUCUUUACAGGAAGUGUUUAUGGAAGGCUGUGCAAGUCACAAAGGGAUUUAACUCCUAAAUGGCAGAGGAUUGAGCAGUGAGGCUGCAGGGGCAUGUUCUAUACACCAAAACUGCUUCAUUAAGCUAAAGUUGUUCCGGUGACUAUAGUGUCCCUUUAAACUUUUAAAAAUAAAAAUCUCACUGGUGCUACUAUGUCCUAGAUUUCAUAUCUUUGGAUAAGCUUUUCAAAUUAUUUUAUUAUUUUGAGUACAAUUUAAAAUGAUUUAGUAUAUUUAUUAUAUAUAUGAUAUAUAUUUUGAUAUUUAACAUUUUGAAAAAAGUAUUUUAAAAGUAUAUCCAAAAUUAUGAAAUCUUUUGAAAAGCGUGCCAAAAUACUAAACCGAGCAUAAAAGCCAGAAUGGCGAUGUAAAAAUGGCACAAAUGACAAUCUGUUAGAAUUUUUUUUUUUUAAAUAAUUUUUCUACAAAAAAAAAUUCCCUUAGACUUUAAUGGUGACUUCUGUAGAUAAAUUAUUUGAAAUGUUUUACUAGCAGAUUGUGAUUGUUUGAAAAGUUUAGCUGAAAUUAUUAAAUUGAGACAUUUAUCUGUAGGUUGUUGUGUUUUAACUUGUGAAAAAAAAGGAGUGGCAGAAACUUUAAGCAUGCACUAAGUCCCAUACAAUUCUAAAGCCUCUGCUCGGAUAUUCAAUAGAGAGAUGUAAAGCCUUAAGUAGCUAGAUAUUACAUAGAUUAUAGAUCCCUAAAAGUGAAGGGGCUUAAUUCGUCCAAUAAGUGCCGCCUCCUCCUUAGGGAAUUAAAGAAGAAAAAAAAAGCAGAUGUGGCCUUUAUACAUGAAACCCACUUUCCUAGGCCUCUGUCACUAAGGUCUCAAACCAAGUCUGUACUAGAGUUCAUGAACCCAGAGCCUCAAUGGGGUUGCCAUACUUGUCAACAAAAGCUGCCCUCUUCAGAUCACACAUUCUCAACCAAUAGCCCAGAGCGAUCCUUCUGGGACUCCCUAGAGACCAAUGUCUGCUCCCUCUCUCAAGGGGUGAUCCUGGUGGUGAGCACCUUCAAUGUUGUACCGUGUCCAGCGGUUGACAGGAGCUCACUACUGGGAAUCCCCCGAUCCCAGGGGUUGGGGGGACAGGAUAAGUUAGUUCACAAGUUCAUUCAGCACAUGCAUCUCAUAGAUGUCUGGAGGGCCCAACACUCUAGCACUCUAGAUUACAAAUACUGUUCCACCCCACACUCCACAUACUUCAGGAUAGAUGAGUUCUUUAUUAAUAGAAUACGUAUGGCAAAAGUAUCUAAACACUACACUUAAAUCCUUUGGAGACUUAUCUGGAUAGAAAGUAAACCUAGCAAAAUCGGUAGCCAUGGCACUGAAUUUCUCACUGGGGACACUGCAUUGGUGGGGUUUACCUACCAACUCAAAAUAGAACCUAACACCUUUAUGUACCUGGGCAUCCAUAUCACAGCUGACCCAACCCAAAUAUUUUCUCAAAACUAUAUCCCAAGCAUACGCAAAUUAAUUAUGGACAAACCAAUAUCAUGGAUCGGUGAAUUGAUGAUUGAUUAACCCAACCCCAAGCUCUUUAUUCCAUUUAUAGAUAAAAUCUCACGUACAAUUGACAGCUGCAAACACUACCUGCAAUCAGAACACUCAUACACUCCCUUAACCCCUAACACUCAGUCCUCAUUCUCUUUACCUCUGCCCGUUCUGCUUUCUGAAAGUACUUACUCAUCUGAGCAAUGCUCUAUCUUCUCCUCUUCUCCUUUUCUCUCAUCUCCCUCAGCAUCAAAAUAUCUCCUUACACCCACUUCCCAGACCCCGCCCAUAAAACCCAUUCACACCUCCUGUCACUACCUCUCCUCCUACUUCUAGCAACUGGUGACGUCUCCCCUAACCCAGGGCCCUUCAUCACGGAUGCUCACACUAAAACAACUAGAAACGACACAAACCUCAUCCAAAUACCCUGCAGUGUAUCCAUCUCUACCAACAUUCACUGUGCACUCUGGAACGCCUGUUCCAUCUCUUCAUCUCUAAUUCCCUUACACUACUAGCACUCACUGAGACCUGGCUUUCCCCCUCUGAUACCACUACUCUGGACUCUUUAUGUUUCGGUGGACUAUAAUUCUUCCACAUUCCCAGACUCAACUGUAAAGGCGGCGGUGUAGGCAUCCUUCUCUCCCCUCAAUGUACCUUUCAACCUAUCCCCCCUGCCCCUGCCCUUUCCUUUACUUCCUUUGAAGUUCACACUGUCCGCAUAUUUAAGCCCACUCCUUUAAGAAUUUCCAUCAUCUAUUGCCCCUCCGGUCAUCCUAUGCAUUGAACACUUUUAUUCCUGGCUACCCCACUUUCUCUCCCACAGCACUCCUUCACUCAUACUUGGGGACUUUAACAUCCCAAUCAACAACCUCAACUGCCCUGAUGCCUCCCUUCUGCUCUCUGUAACCUCCUCCUUCGGCCUCACACAGUGGUCUACUUCAGCAACUCAUACAGCAGGAAACACUCUUGACCUCAUCGUUACCAAUCUCUGUGCCACCUCUAAUCUCUCCAUUGUUCCAUUUCCUUUAUCUGACCACCAUCUGCUGAACUUUUACAUCUGCAUAUCCCGUACCCAAAUCUCACCACUAUCAACUCUCCAAUCUCAGAGAAACCUCCCCAAUCUUGAUCUCCAGCAUUUCUCCACCAAACUCCAAACUCUCCUUGUACCCAUCUCAAAUUUUACUUGCCCUAACUCUGCAACUUCACUCUACAACUCUACUCUCUCCUCUCAACUAGACAUGGCACCUCCUACAUGUAAACACAGCAAGCGUUCCCAAUUACAACCCUGGCACACCAAGCUGACCCGAUAUCUCCAAAAAUGUUCUAGAACUGCUGAACGCUGUUGGAGAAAGUCUCACUCUGCACCUGACUUUAUCCACUAUAAAUUUAUGCUGCGCUCCUAUACUCUGGUCUUUCCUCUGCAAAAGUAAAUUACUUCAACACUCUCAUAAGCACACUGUUCCGCCAACCCAAAUGCCCCUUUUCACACUUUUAAUGUUCUCCUUCGUCCUGUUGCUCCCCCUCCUACCACCCUGUCUGCCUCAAACCUUGCAACUCACUUCACUGAGAAGAUUUCUGUAAUCAGGGAAGAGAUCUCUAAUCUCUCUCCCUCUCCUUCCAAUAACUCUUCCAAUACAUCACCCAACCCCACUCACUCAACUGUUCUAUGCUCAUUCGCACCUAUUACAACAGAAGAGGUUUCUACAACAGCUUUAUCUCAUUCUCCAUAAUCUCGGUCUAUUCUCUCCUGGUGCUCCUUCUACCUCUCCCAGCUCUUUUUCAGUGUUUCUUUCUCUGGCUCUACCUCUUCUCCCCAACCCCUCUCUGUUGGUGUCUCUCAAGUUUCAGUCAUUGGUCUCCUACUGUUCUCCAUAUAUACUGCCUCCCUUGGUAAACUCAUCAGCAACUAUGGCUUCCAUUAGCAUUUAUAUGCAGAUGGCACGCAAAUCUACCUGUCCUAUCCUAAUCUCUCUAAGCCCAUCUUGACUCGUGUCUCUGACUGCUUCUCCGUGAUUUCCAAUUGGAUGGCUGCUCACUUCCUUAAGCUCAACCUAUCCAAAACAGAACUUCUGGUCUUUCCUCCCUCAAGUGUUGCUACUCCCGUGUCUGUCUCCCUCCACGUCAACGGCGCCACCAUCACCUCUACCUCCCUGGCUUGCUGCCUAGGUGUUCUCUUUGACUCCGACCUCUCCUUCAUCGCUCAUGUCCAGUCGAUCGCCAAAUCCUGCCGCCAGGGCCAGAUUAAGAGCCCAGUGGGCCUGGUGCUGACAAUUAUGAUGGGGCCUAAUUACAGAAUCUUAUCGACCAGAAAUACCAAAACAGUCAUACCUCUCAAGCGUCAUGUAUCUGAUGGAGUUGGUGUUGGAGGGAAACUCAAAGGAUGCAGCAAUAAGAACACACAUACUCUAUGCCAGUGUUUCCCAACCCAGUCCUCAAGGUACACCUACCAGUCCAGGAUUUAGGGAUUACCCAGUUGUGUCUAAGGUGUUUUUUUUCUUCUUUGUAAAAACACCUUAGACACAACUGGGUAAUCCCUAAAUCCUGGACUGGUAGGUGUGCCUUGAGGACUGGGUUGGGAAACACUGCUCUAUGCUAAUCUCUUUAUCUAAUUUAUGCUUUCAUCUUUCAAGUAAAUCCAUACCCCCUAUCAGCCUUGUCCAAUGAAGCAGGAAGUCAAUGGGCGGGGUAAAAGGGUGGGCCACUGACACAAAUCACGUGAGCAGAACUGCCAAAAGGGGCGUACAUGCCCAAAACCCAGGGACACUGAGACACUUUGGACACUGGGAGACAUGGGGGCACUGAGGAACUUGGGGACACUGAGACAUUUGGGGACACUGGGAGACAUGGGGGCACUUGUGGAUACAGACAUGGGGACACUGGGAGACAUGGGGACACAGACAUUUGGGGACACUGGGAGAAAAGGGGCCAAAGACACAAGGGACACAGAGACAUGGGAACACAGACACUAGGGACACUGAGAGACAUGGGAACACAGACACUGGGAGACUAGGGACACAGACAUUUGGGGAAACUAAGACACUAGGGACACUGAGAGACAUGGGGAUACUAGGGACACAGACAUGGGGACACUGAGACACUAGGGACAUUGGCUGGGAGACAUGGGGACACUGGGAGGCAUGGGGACACUGAGAGACAUGGGGACACAGACACUGGGAGACUAUGGGACGCUGAGACACUAGGGACACUGGCUGGGAGACAUGGGGACACUGGGAGACAUGGAGACACUGUGUCCCUAGUGUCUCUGUGUGCCAAUGCGUCUCACUAUGUCUCACAACGUCCUCAUGUGUCUCAGCAUCCCCAUGUCUCACAGUGUCCCCUAGUGUCUCAGUGUCCCCAUUUUUCCCAGUGUCCCCAAGUGUCUCAGUGUCCCCACGUGUCCCGUAGUGUCUCCAUGUGUCCCCUAGUGUCUCAGUGUCCCCAUGUCUCCCUGCUGCCUUUCCCCCCAUCCUUCACAUACCUGAGCUGUAGUCUGUCUCUGCAGGCUGGGAGCUGCUGUCUGGACUCUCUGUGCUGUGUAGCUGCUCCCCCACGGAUCAGUGAGUAGAGAGAGGCAUGGAGAUGCUGUAACUUCCUAUCCCUGCCUCUCUCCAUACACAGUGGCCCCUACUGGCCGGUGCUGGUAUUGGAGAGUAAUCUCCGUUUAUACUGAGAAAAAUAUUUGCAUUUGUAUUGUUUUCUUUCCUUUAAAUGGGCUUAUUCCAUGGUCCUGGGCCUAGAGCUGCAGCUCCAUCUGCCCCUAUGUUAAUCCGGCCCUGCCUGCCGCUUCCAUCUCAAAAACAUAGCUCGCAUCCGCCCCUAUUUAACACCAGACGUGGCUAAGCUGCUGGUCCAUGCUGUUGUUGUUUCUCGUCUUGACUACGGCAAUCCCCUUCUCAGUGGUCUUACGUGUUCCCAGAUUGCACUGCUGCAAUCUAUUAUGAAUGCAGCGGCACGGCUCAUUUUCCUGUCCUCCCCCACCUCCGACGCCUCCCUAAUACAAAAGUAAGUCCUGUCGAGGCCCCGCGCUCUGCUGAAGACCUACGUCUAUCCUCUGUCCGUACUCCCACAUCUGAUGCUUGUCUCCAAGAUUUCUCCAGGGCUGCAAUGUUUCUGUGGAACGUCCUUCCCUUCUCUGUUAGACUUUCACCCAGUCUCCACUCCUUCAAAAAAUCUUUGAAAACACACUUCUUCAGGAAAGCAUAUCAUUUAAACUGUUCCAGUGCAUCCAUUUGUCUGGUUACAAUUACGUGUCUGUUAGAGCACCCAUUAUACAGCACUACGGAAUUUUGCUGGCGCUAUAUAAAUAAUUAAAUAAUAAUGAAUGAAUUUUUUACCCAGGAUUCUCUUUUAGUUCCAACUGCUCCUGAUAAGUGUUACCCGCAGGCAGCCAUAGAUACGUUCAUUUGGCAGCAUAAAAGACACAGAUUGGCCCAAACCCAACUAUACUGUCCAAAUAUAGCAGGUGGUCUAGGCCUGCCUCACCUAUACUUUUACUACCUAGCGGCACUCCCCACCAACUGUAGAUGCUAGGUAAGACCUAGAAUGCCUUCUCAUGGGUGCAGAUAUCCCGAAAUGUAAUAUGUGGGUUACUAACUUGCAGACUGCUCUUUUGAGAACAUCAUGCCCAUCUAUCCAUAAUACCUUGCAAAUAAGCAGUUGAUGAGCGGUACUCUCUCUGAUCCUCUCCUUCUUCAAUGACCAUAUUUCUAAGCAACAGAGUGUUUCUUCCUUGGAUGAGUCAUGGGGACUUUGAGGCACAGACAGUACAGGGCUGCAGAGAUUUUUACAAUUGUAUAGAGAUCAAGAAAUAGUCACCUUCUCAGAACUACAGCAGUCAGCUCACCUGCCACAUGGGGCUUACUUCCAAUAUAUGCAAAAAAAGAGACUUUGCAACAUAACCAGAAGUGAAUAUAGUGCCCAAUUCCCCUGAACAUUUUUUAAAAAGCUUUGUUGGGAAGAAACUACCCAAACAGGAAUAAUCAUUCUAUUAUACCAAAAUAUAAGCUCAUCAUCAAGGAAUGAUAUGUGGAGUAAUUGGAGACUUACCUGGAGGUGCUGUAGGGGAAAAACUGGUAAGAUAUAUGUGAGGCGUGUGCCUGAUCCUCCAUAUAUGUAUAACCCUCCAGGAGCAAUCUUUAAAACGCUGUUCCAAUGGUAUACUGCACCCAUUAAAUUAUUUUGAAUGGGCAGUUCCGCCACAGCUUUCUGGUUGGAAAUUUGCUUUCUGGUAUCCAUCAUAUUCCAUUGACACUUUAACCUUGACCCCUGAGAUUUCCUGACCCAGCCCAUUGAGGGUAUGACUAAAAGGGAACAGAGGCUCUUUAAUAUGAUCAGUCUAGCCUUACCUGAAGCAGUGGCCCAAGAGUGGCAACAGUUCGAAACAGGUCCAGCUUGAUGAAGACCGUUGCAGCGGUCAAAAUAUUGCUUUUUUUACACUUUGGGCACCUGAAUAAAAGGGACACUAUUUUUGAAAGGAAGUAGUAGUAUUUUUUUAUUUAUUUUUUUGUAAAUAAAAAAACCCAAAGAUACCAGAUAGGUUUCUCCUAGGUGGGGGUUAACCCCUAGUGAAUUGACUUCACCACAAAUCUACUCAAAAUAAAGAACAAGCAGGAGAAAGUAGAGGAAUAGGGUAAAUUAUCCUUAAGGAUAGAAAAAGAGGGAAACCCACUGCUUAAGGAUAAUUUACCCUAUUCCUCUACUUUAUCCUGCUUGUUCUUUAUUUUUAGUAUUUUUUUUUUUGCUUUCCUGAAUGUAUACCUGUUUGGGCAGAACUGGAUUCCUUCCACCCUUGUGUGGUCGGUAGGUGCAAUUCUUAUUUCUUAUUUUGUAGUUAUAAUGAAAAGCAAAGACACAUACCUAAUGGACAAAUUGAUAGCACAGGUCCUAAACACUUUGUCCAUAAACAUGGGAGCCAUGGGAGGUGCACAAGAGAUACUAGAGAGAGAGAAAAGAGUAGUUUGGAUGGCGAUAGACCUGGCAUCCCCCGAUCCGCAGCACUUUUCUAUUUCUUUUACUUAGUUUUUAUUAUUUUGAUGACAACCCAGAGCCCAUUUGGCCAUAAAGCUAUGUAUAAGUAGCAAGUCUUUACUGAAAGGUAAGCAGAAAUGCAUAUGUUGAUUUGCAUAUUGUUACACAGCAUGGAGAAAUACCAUUCUUCAAAUUUUAGUAUUAUUAUUUUUUUUUUUAUUUUUUUUUUGAAGAGGGGAUCUAAUCUGCAUUUUAAUGUACAUUUGAUGCACAUCUGUAUUAUGGAGACUUUAUCCUUUGUACAUUAUAAAAAUGUUUAUCCUUUUUUAAUUGUAUCCUCCACAUAGAAUGAUAGAAGUCUUGUUUCAUUUAAAACAAUUUCAACUCACUUCCCUAUAAUACAGUUAUUGCAAAAUAGAAAUUUUGUUUUUUUUUGUGUAGGUACUUACUGAAAUUGGAGCAACGCAUAGUCUGAAGAGGAUAGUGUUUUACUCUGUAGAUGGCACAGUAUCUUCUUUGGCUAAAAAGGCUCUUCGUAUGAUGGGAGAGGAGGUCCCAUCCCGAAUUGUGCGCUCUGUUCCCAAUUGGAAACCCUUGGAAGUACAACACUGGCUGAAGCAAAUCGGUUUUAUCAAAUACUCUCAGAGCUUUUUGGUAUGUUGUUUGCAAGUGUUUGUUUUUAAACUUUACUACUAAGUUAUUUCAUUUGAAAAAUGAUAAUGAGAGGAACAUUUAUUUAAAACAAUGGAUGUGUAAUUAGCACAUAAACAUAAGAUAAAACUAAAAAAGUGUGUGUUUACUUCCAUUUAGGGAUAACUAAAAAAACAACAUUUAUUUGGUCAGCAUUUAAAAAAAAUACCGAGUUGAUAAAAGAUUUAAAGAUUAUAUGGUAUCCUUUAUCUUGCAUUUUUCAGAAGGGACUGACAUUUUAUCAUGAAAGCAGAAAUACACCGAUCAGCCACAUCAUUAAAACCACCUGCCUGUAUAGGUUCCCACUGUGCUGCCAAAACAGCUCUGAUGCAUUGAGGCACAAACGCCACGAGACUUCUGAAUGUAAUGAAAGUUGUCAGGUGGAUCCUCAAUGGAUCAGAUUUUCUGUUCCAGCACACCCCACAGAUGCUCAAUGAGAUUGAGAUCUGCAGAUUUUGGAGGCACAGGUAACACCUUGAACUCUUUGUCAUGUUCCUCAAACCAUUCCAUAACAAUUUUUGCAGUGUGGCAGGGUGCCAUAUCCUGCUGAAAGAGGCCACUGCCAUCAUGGAACACCAUUGCCAUGAAAGGGUGUGUGUGGUCUGCAACAAUCUUUAGGUAGGGUGUACGUGUCAAAAUAACAUCUGCAUGAAUGCCAGGAGCCAAUAUUUCCCAACAGAACAUUUCGCAUAACACUGCUUAAGUUGGCCAGCCUUCUUCCCAAAGUGCAUCCUACAGCUUUCCCAUCCCUAGGUAAAUGACGCACAAGAAAAUGUUAUUCGUCAGACAAGGCAACCUUUUUCUAUUGCUCCCUUUCCAUUGAAGGCGCUUUCAGCGGUAAACAUGGCUGUUCAUGGGCAAUCUGACCGGUCUGCGGCUACGUAGUCCAUAUGCAGCACAUUGUGAUGCACUCUGUGUUCUUACACCUUUAUAUCAUGGUCAGCAUUAGGUGUUUUAGCAAUUUGAGCUACAGCAGCUCUUCUGUGGGAUCAGACCAGACAGACUUUGCUCCCACAUGCAUCAGUGAGUCUUGAGUGCCCAUGCCCAUGACCCUGACACCGGUUUAACGUUUGUUCUUCCUUGCACCACUUUAGGUAGGUAUUAAAUAUAUUUAAUAUAUAGUUUAUCCACAAAAUAUAAAAUUGAAACCAUAAUUAGCAGGCUGGACAAAAAGAGACACAUAAAAAUGUUUGAACACCCUGUUUAUGGGCUAUUCUAAGGUACCUAAUGGCUCUGAGAAUAAAGCUUCCUAGAAAUGCUGCCAUAUUGUAAAUAUGUCUAUAUGUUGGCAUAACACUAACGUGCAGUAAGUUACAAGCUCUUACACAGGUCAUUGCAGCCUGCAUGAUUACUUUUAAUGACUGCUGAAUAGUGUGUGGUGAGGGACUUACAUCCCCUUUGUUAGGAUGCAAAGGUACAGAGCGGACCUCUGUUAGAUAAUUAGAUUCCCUCCAGAGUGAAAACUAACUUGUUUCUGGCAGGAAUGGUGCCGGAGAAAAACUCCCAGGAUGCAUUUAGUACAAAUAGCCUGCGCUAAAUCUUUACUUUCAUGUCACAACCAAGUUUAUCUGUCCGUCAUAUGAGCCCCACCGCUCUCAACUGCUCUAUCUCAUUUAUCACUCACUUGUCCACUCCUCUACUUCCCUUCUUACUAGCAGGCAGAAGCUCCUGGUAUGUAGCCUUGGGCAGAAAAAGUGGUGGAUGUAGUGAGUUUGGCAGAAAGGAUACAAGCCUGAUAGACAGAUUUACAUUAACUAUUUUAUAGUCAGCCAGUCCACUCAUGUUUUUUUUCCCCCACUGCAUCUCUCCCAAGGGCUCACACUUAUUUCCCUAUAAUUCCCUCUGCACAACAUUAUAGGACAAGUGCAUGUGAAGAGUAGUAUGAAAAAGUAUCAAUCAAACUUCAUUGUGGUUAUAAUUGCAGGAGCACCAGAUUGAUGGAGAUCUCCUUCUGAGGCUGUCAGAGUUAGAUUUGAGGGAUGACUUGGGAAUGAUCUCCAGUAUCACUCGCAAGAGGUAAGUGUCAUGUCUCAUAUAGGUAUUCAUUGUACAUGAAAUUAUAAUUUUCCAAACUGAAGCCACUCCAUUGAUUUAUUGAUUUUAAAAUUACCGAUAUUUCUCAACAUGUACACACACACGAUAUACAAUCCAGAUGAGCUUAUGAAGUGAAUACAUUUCAUUAAAUUGUGACCUAACACAGAAACACUGAAAGCUCCUCAUUGAAUAGGGCAUUGAGCCAACCAAAAAGAAAUCGCACAUGACUCACCCUUGUUUUAGGACAGUAACCUUGGGAACGGAACAUAGAUAAUUAAUUCUUUACAUGCCCAAGAACUAGAUGUGUGGCUUUUUCUCCAAAUGUAAUAUUAAUUCAGUGAUUCGUACUUCAGUUGCAAUAAAAUAUAUAAUUCUAACAGUAGCCAGUAGCCUGAAAAUUUUUGCAAUUGAGCAGAAUGCACAACGCAAGUACUUACCCUGACUUAUGACGUAUACAAGCAAUGUCAACUAAAGAUUCCUUGUUACUCAUUUCGACCAAUUACAAGGCAAAUAGGCAAUGUAACUACAAUAUAACAUAGUAAAAUCAUACAUGUAUCAAACACACACAGAUGGAACAACGUUCAAAAAUGAUAUGUUAAAAUCACAAACACACUGCAAUGUCAUUAUGAAACCUAAUGGGUUAGUUACACACCUGUCACCUUCCAGAAACAUCAGUCCAGUUGGCUGUCCCUAACCUUCAAUCUAUCGAUAUCGGCCUCUAGAGCUCGACAAUAUGAAAGUAACAUGUGAAUCAAAAAUUUAUCCUGUUCUCAGCUUGAUCAUUUUCUGAUGUUGGUUUAAUUGCUGGCAGUAAAAUGGUUUGUAAAUUUUAGAUUGUGAUCACUUUAAAAACUGUGUUGUGAUUCCGGUCAAAUGUCAGAAAACGUUAUUGAUCAGUUACUAAUGCUUCAAUGCCAAAUGUGAUGAAAUGGGUACAUACUAUUAUAUAGGACUUAAAGAGCUCUCUCAUAUUGAAUACCUUAUCUGUUCUUAUUGUACCCACUCUAUUGAAAACAUGUUACCGGCUCCUUUGUUCUUUUCCCAGCAUAUAUGUCUAUUCUUCCACAUCAUUGGUACCGUUUCUAAUGCUCCAUAACAUUGUAAUCUGCUUUAAUGAGCCUCCCAAUUCACAUGUCAGGCAGUCCAUUGUUGUGUUGCUAUAAAGAUAACUGGAUUUGUUGGUGUAUCAAUAAGAUACAAUGAUUUCAGUUAUUCCAAAGGAACAAAUACCUCAGCUUGUGGUUGUUUUAGGCAAACCCAAUCAUAGUUACACAAACAUUGUAAAACCAUAUCAAUACACACAAUAAUAAUAGUAGUAAAGGCAAUUUAUUAUGCAUCAACUUCUCUGGAUUUUUUAAUUAGAUAAUUCCACCAAGCUGGAGCAAUGCAGCUAAAUGCUUGAGUAUUGAACAUUAAAUGGAUUAUCUGUUAAAUUGGCUGCAGAGUCUUUGCAAUGAGAAGGGAGAGUUGGGGAUUUGAAGGGAACGGAAUUGGUUUUGCAGUCAGUCCUCUGAUGUAAACAAAAAAAUCAUCAGUAUAAUGGUCUGCUAGUUAGUAGGGCAUGGAGGUAGUCCCGCAACUGUCAGCUGGGUGGGAGGGUGGACGGUGCUAGGGAACAAAGCUAGUCUGCACCCCCUCUCUACUGGAUUGGUUGUAUGACUGGGAGAAAAUCAAUAACUGGACCUGCAUAAUUUGAUUUGAUUCAAUUUAGAAUUGUAGAAUUAAGAGAUUAGUCAGGUGGUGCCUUAUGGUAGUCAGUAAGCAAGAUAUCAGGUGAUAAACCGCGCCAAACAGAACUGAAAAAAAAUCACACGGGUAUACUCAAUCUUUACAAUAACCCAAUAAUGUGUAAUAAAUUAUGUAUAUACGUACUCUCUCUGGAGUAAAGUGAUUUUGUAUUUCGGUACCAGGAAAACCUCAAAAUAAAACAGAAAUACAACAAAAAUUAAUGUAUUAUGUCUUAAUGGUUUUACAGACAGUUAUGCAUAUAGGUGUCUCACUCACACUUUUACUAACUACUACAAGCUCUGCUGUUUAGCGCUUUGACGGUACAAUCCCCGUCUUGGGAUAUAUGUAUUUCCACAAUUUUAUGUUUCCAGUACGACUCCAGCAUAUAAAAUAAAACAGAGAGGGUCUAAUAGUGCAAUAUCUUAAAAUAUAUAAGGUGCACAAAAGCAAAGUAUCCUACUUACACUUUGGAGAGCAAUAAACUUGCUUUGGUGGUAUUAUCCCCACCCGAGCAUGUGCAGGAACCAGGAUAGUUGUCCUUAUAUCUUUUAAGAUAUUACACUAUUAGACCCUCUCUGCUUUAGUUUAAAUGCUGGAGUCGUACUGGACACAUAAAAUUGUAGAUCUACAUAUAUCCCAAGACGGGGAUUGAACCGUCAAAGCGCUAACCAGCAGAGCUCUCAGUAGCUCAUAAAAGUGUGAGUGAGACCCUGAGAUUGCUGGAGGUCUGAUGUGGCAAGGUUGGGAAGCCCGGACAAACCAUAUCUGAGUGACUGGUGCUCCGGAGGUCAACUGAAACCCUAACCCCCUAGGCACACCCAACAGGGCUAAUCCGCUACAGAUACCAACAAGUAAGGCACUACUAUCACUCCCUACCGGGAAAGCAGCUAGUACACAGAGAGCUAACCCGCUUCGAGGCCCUCUGCACCGCUGAGAUGCACCUACCAAGGGGCGUCUCUGUGUUGUACGCUAUGCUACUUGAAGCCACUCGGAGCCCGCAAGCGACAUACCAAUCUAAAUGGCAACAAGCCACGGGAACCACCCUGUCGAACUCAGAAUGGGAGAAGAUUCACACCCUCGCGCAUCAAGGUACGACCAGUGCGAAACUGCAGGAACUUAAUUACAAGCUCAUGACUGGCUGGUACAGGACGCCCUCUCGGCUAUUUCGUAUGGGCCUGACACCUACGGGCCGCUGCUGGAGAUGUGAAGCGGAUGAAGGCACUGACCUGCACAUCUGGUGGUCAUGCCCGCUCAUAGCGGCUUUUUGGCAACAAAUACACACGAAACUAAGGACUGGACUCGGACAUACCGAUGCAGACCCUCCAGAUGCUCCUCCACCACACUACGAUGUCCCUUGGUGUAUACAAGAAAUCUCUCACGAGACACUUCCUGAAUGCUGCCAAAAGCCUGAUUCCGGCCCGAUGGAAGACAAAUGUGGUACCAACGGUAUUGAACUGGAUGGAAAAGGUGGAGGAAAUAUACAGCAUGGAGAGCCUCACAGCGGACCUGAGAGGGACGGGGGAGAAAUGCACCCGACUAUGGGCGCCCUGGAUUGAGUACAUAGCCCAUAGAACGGCGAGACGACAAGCUUGGAGCUGGGACAUGGGCCGGGGGUGUGCUGGCGGACUCUCCCCUCCCCCCCCCGCCUUGGCCUAUCCCUUUUCUCCCCCCCCACUCCCCACCCACCUCGGAAAACGACGCUUUGCACGGGGCACUCCAGACUAACCUGGAACUCACACACUACGGACUCAAGACCAACUAUAUCUUGACAGAUAACAGACAGGACACCAUUAGCUUAGAGUACGAGACUGAAGCACCUGAAAAACUGCCAUAUACUAUAACGGUAAUGGUUCUAGACCAAGUUUCGUGUUAGGAAGAGAGUGAACUAACUGCCUGACGGGCCGCCUAAACCCGACCUCCCUGUUUAAGGUCAUUCAGAAAAUGUUUAAAUGUUUAUCUAGCACAGUUGCAACCGGUUGUUCUGUUCAUAACUGAGGCUGAAAAAAAGAGAGCUAGUAUAUUCUGAUGUGUUGUAAACCAUUUGGACUCUCUACGCUUUCAGUUUGCCUAUUCUCUGUUCAAAUGUAUGCAAUGCUUCAAUAAAAACAAAGAUUGCCCAAAAAAAAAAGUGUGAGUGAGACAUCUAUAUACGUAACUGUCUUUAAAACCAUUUAAGAUACAUUUCACUAUUUUUUAUUGUAUUUCUGUUUUAUUUUGAGGUUUUCUUGGUACCGAAAUACAAAAUCACUUUACUCCAGAGAGAGUACGUAUAUACCUAAUUUUAACACAUUAUUGGGUUAUUGUUAAGAUUGAGUAUAUCCGUGUGAUUUUUUCACUUCUGUUUGGCGCGGUUUAUCACCUGUUGUUUUGUCACAUUUCUGUAUCUUACGCAAGGUUUGGGAAUCCUUGUAAAUUUACUGCUGCCUGUUCACAUUAUAGCGAACGCCUAUACCUGCCUUUUUUCUGUAAGCGAGAUAUGCAUUUGGCUUAAAACAUUGGAACAGGUGUUUUGGGAAAAUAGAAUACCCACUCCCCCGUUGAAAUCUUAUCCUAGAUCAUUAUAUAUUUUACUGUAAUCCAUUCUAAUCACACAUACUGCAAAUGCAAUGCAGGUCAAAAUGGGUCCAUGAGGUUCUCCAAACCAGGUAUACAAACACAGAGUAGAGUACACCUGAGAUUAAUCUCAGUGAACUUCCAGAUAAGAAAGGUUUCAUCCAGUCAUGAAUAGUGUCUUCCAGUCCACAGACAUGUGUCAGACAGUCAGUUAAUAUCCAACAGUCUGCCAGUCUAUGUCAGCUCUUCAUAGAAGUCAAAUCAUUUUGUCAAUGGGAGAAAUGGAAGUAGCUCAUUAUGCAACUUCAACUUCUCUCACCUAUAAAUUCCACUAUAUUUUCAUACAUAUUCAUACUAAUACAAUAAUAAUAAUAAUGUAAACUUCAAAACAUAUAGACAACAUGCUAGCAAUGGAUUGGUUAAUUGUAUAAAAUAGUUUGCCUCCACAGGUGAGAAUUAAAAUUCAGUAGUCGUGAUAGCCAGGUUUGUCUGUUGCCAUUUGUUAUGUGAAAUAUGUGUCCUUUCUUUUUCUUUGUCCAGAUUUUUGCGGGAACUAGUCGAGUUGAAGACAUUUGCCAAUUAUUCCACUUGUGACCGUAGUAAUCUUGCUGACUGGUUAGGCAGUGUUGAACCAAGAUUCAGACAGUACACUUACAAUCUGGUUACUUGUGGCAUUGACCGUAACUUCCUGCACCAUGUAACCGAACAGCAGCUAGAGAAGGACUGUCAUAUUAAGAUAGGGUUCCAUCGAGUACGCAUCUUAUCAGCUGCAAGAGGUAAGACAGUUCACGGACAACAUGCUCUUUUACCUACGCUAUAACAAUAAGACAUAUGCCUUUAGUUUCAGUAUCAAGGACAUUUACUUUGUUUGGGGUAAAGUGGUGUUUACAGGUUGAAUAUUGUUGAAAUCUUGAUUUUUGUAAUGACGUGUCCUUCAUAUAAGUUUAUGUGCCUGCUAAUAAAAUCACCAACAGAAUAUUACAUUUUUAUAGUCAUGUAGCAAAUUGUUGGUAGAAUGUUAGGCUGUUGACUAGAUGAGAGCACAUUACGCCCUUGAAUAAAAAAAUAACAAAAAAAGUUUUGAAAGUGAUACAUUAAUUGGCUAACAUAUUUACAAUCUAUUGGCUAUAUAUAAAUAUGUUUAUGCUUCACGUAAUAAAUAAGUCUGAUGAGGGGAUCCCAAAAGUUUGAAAGCCUUUUCAUGAGAAAAUAAAGGUAUCACUUCUACACCCAAGCUGGUGGUUUUAUUCAAAGGUACAAUGUGUCUUCAUUUAGACAGUGGUGCCCUGAUGGCUGAAAGCUUUCACCUGACACUCUCAUCCAAACAUAUCUGCCCAUUGCUGCUCAGGCUAAUGCUUCUUCAUAAACCUAAGCAUCACAGGGGGGGAUGGGUUGCUGGUGACUCAAGUUUAGCAUUAAAAACAUUUUAAUUCUGAAUGGAAGCAUGGCAGCAGGGGACUUUAGACACCAUAACUACUUUGAUGAGAUUAGGUAGUUACAGUACCCUUUAAAACGUAUUCUUGGUGGAACUUGUUGAUCCUGUGUUGCAAAUCUGUGUGAGCUUUGAAACUCUACAGAAUUGUUCAACACCAUUCAGCAGGUUCUCCCAUGAUGAGCACAAUACACAUCAUGUAGUACCAAUGUAUUCCCUUCCUCUGCAAGUGAACUCAACUAAAAACUAUGUGAAAUGGUAUAAAAACGGAGGUAAAAUAAUGAAUGCUAAAAUAUCCAGUGAAUAAUGACAGAAAGGCCAUUCUUUCCCUUUGUUCAUCAUAGGGACACUAUAGUCACCUGAACAACUUUAGCUUAAUUAAGCAGUUUUGGUGUAUAGAACAUGCCCCUGCAGCCUCCCCGCGCAAUCCUCUGCCAUCUAGGAGUUAAAUCACUUUGUUUAUGACCCCUAGUCACACCUCCCUGCAUGUGACUUGCACAGCCUUCCAUAAACACUUCCUGUAAAGAGAGCCCUAUUUAGGCUUUCUUUAUUGCAAGUUCUGUUUAAUUAAGAUUUUCUUAUCCCCUGCUAUGUUAAUAGCUUGCUAGACCCUGCAAGAGCCUCCUGUAUGUGAUUAAAGUUCAAUUUAGAGAUUGAGAUACAAUUAUUUAAGGUAAAUUGCAUCUGUUUGAAAGUGAAACCAGUUUUUUUUUCAUGCAUGCUCUGUCAAUCAUAGCCGGGGGAGGUGUGGCUAGGGCUGCAUAAACAGAAACAAAGUGAUUUAACUCCUAAAUGACAGUGAAUUGAGCAGUGAAAUUGCAGUCUACUCGGUCUCCAGCGCUCGUUGUCUCGCCAUUCUACGGGCCAUGUACUCAAUCCAGGGCGCCCAUAGUCGGGUGCAAUUUUCACCCGUCCCUCUCAGGUCCACUGUAAAACUGCUUUAUUUAACUAAAGUAAUUUAGGUGACUAUAGUCUUCCUUUAUUAUAUUUAUAAUAAAAAGCUGUGUCUGGUUUAUAAUUUUACCGUAGCAUAUAGGUCAUGUUUGAAGUGCUAUACAAUACAGCAAUAAAUAUAUAUCUCCAUUCAUUUCAGUAACUAGUCAUACUUUGUGGAGGUAGCAUGGUAAAUGCAGGUGAUAAAUCAGGGUACUUCAGAACUCCUAUGAGCAUAAUAAUGUAGAUUGGAAAUAAUUUCUGAAUACACAAGGUUGCCUAUGCCUGUUUAGAAAAUAGAGGGGUUGUCACUAUAUAAUUGCCUUACCUGACAGUAUAAACAUGGUAUAUACCUGUUUUACAGAGAUGCUGCACUCUCCUCUGCCGUGCAGUGUAGGCAAAUCCAGUGCUGAUGGUCCAGAUGUGUUUAUCAGCUAUCGCCGGAACACAGGAUCACAGCUGGCCAGGUGUGUAACUGUGGCUUUUUCUAUGGCCAGAUGUAAAAUACAACUAAAAAUGGUUAUUGCUUGUGUUCAAUCAAUGUACUUAGUAUUAGCAUGCAUUACACAGAAUGCACAUUUCAGAAUAUUAAUCUGCUUCUCUAUGUUUUGGCAGCCUCCUUAAAGUCCACCUAUACCUACAUGGCUUCAGUGCAUUCAUUGACGUGGAGAAGUUAGAGGCAGGGAGAUUUGAGGAAAAAUUAAUUCAGAGCGUGAUCAGCGCUAGGAACUUCAUCUUAGUCCUGUCUGCCGGAUCGUUGGACAAAUGCAUGGGGGACAACGACUGCAAGGAUUGGGUGCAUAAGGUAACAAUACAGAAUCCCCAUUAACCCUCCUUUACUUCUGUUGGAUAAAAUUUACAUCUUGAGAAAUGUCACAAAUAUAUAAACCAUCAUAAUAGUCUUAAAACUAUAACACUGAAUGAUAAAAACCAGGAGCCAAAAUAACUAGUCCUCUUGUACUCAGAUUAAGGCUAGCUGUAACCCAUGUGGCUUCUUGUGUGAAAGCAUAUGUAGAUAGACACCACAUUCUCUCUAACACAUGUAGUAAUUUCUUUCUGUCACCUGUUAUUUUAUGGUCACAAUUAAUGGGCCGAGAGCAUCAGCUGACCCCUCUCAGCCGAUUCCUGUCAUUCUGUGCAAUUAAAGUUGCACAGAAUUGACAUUAGCCAGCCCAGAAUUCUCUCUGCUAUCUUUACUGUGCCACUUUUUUUGUUUUGUAUAAGCCUGUAAUCCUUUUCUGGAGAACCACCCACUGUUUCCACCAAAGUGUAACCCAGACUUACCUAUACUCUAUAACUCAUAUCACAGAUUGAAAUGGUCCUCUUCUGCCUUGUAGGAAAUUGUCACAGCACUAAAUUGCAGUAAAAACAUUGUGCCCGUCACUGAUCACUUUGAAUGGCCAGAUCCAAUGAGCCUUCCAGAAGACAUGAGAUCGGUGUUGAAAUUCAAUGGCAUCAAGUACGUUGUUUGUUUGAAUGCUACAUAUAUUUUUUUUAUCUUACAAAUAGAUAUGGUUGGAUGUGGGUGGAGUACCACUGAAAACCCAUAAUGCACGUUCUUUGAUACCCUUACAUCCACAUUAUUCUACCUAUAUUUUCCUAUACUCUAUUUUGUAUUUUUCUUUUUACUUCCACACAGGUGAUAGAUAAAUCUGUCUGUCUGUUUGUUUAUCUAUUUCUAGAAUGUAUUACACUAUUUAGUAGUAGAUGUAUUCAUUCUGUCUGGUGGUCUGUAAAUUAAUGGGGCAUUAUUACUGGAAUUAAAACUCAGUCACACUCUGAAGAACAUUCCACUAGUACAAACAUAAAAUUAUUGCAUGUUUUGAGACCGUUUGGCUACAUGCAUGAUGCAGAAAAUUAUACUUAUAACCAGUAGCUACAAUACACAAGUAAUAGAUUAAAGAUCGAAUAUUCCUCUUGCGUAACAGGUGGUCUCACGAGUACCAAGAUGCCACAAUUGAGAAGAUCAUCCGCUUCUUGCAAGGCCGUUCAUCUCGAGAUUCAUCUGUUGGAUCUGAGAACAGCUUGGAUGGUACCCCACCUCUUGGGCAAACAUAAAGAUGAUUCCUUGAUAUAACCUUCUAACGGUAAACUCUGCAGGACCUGUACCUGUAUCUCCUAAUCUUUGGAUAGGAACCCACUAAAGGUACCUUCACUACUGGAACACCUCAGCUUUGCUGGCAUAAUUUCUUCUCUUUGCUAUAGAUUUUCUUCUCAUCCUAUAAAACAUUCUCAGGAGAUCAAAGAGGAGUUUCAUCACUGGAACAACGGUGUCACUAACAGACAAUCUCUCCGCGCUUUCUCGUGAAGUACAGGUAGAAUGUUCUACUAUUUUAAAGCCUCUUGCUUAUUAUACACAAGCCAUCUGCAAGUCCACAAACAGGUCAAUAUAAACCUACAGUAUCCAUUUCUUAUUUCAUCUCUUUCAUCAAGCUUUUAAAGUAGCAGAACAGCUUCUGAGCAAUUCCUUUACGACAGGGAUUAUUUUAAAGAGUAGCAGCAAUAUCAUUGCAGCCCAGAGAAGACCUCAAGCAUUUAUACUUUGCUGUACUUCCUCCCGGCAGUAUCAUGAUGCAGCACUAGUCCACUACAGGUAACUACUAAGGUAGGACAGAAUGCUUGGUAAAUCAAAGAACAGUAGGUGAUCCAUAAAGCUUUUAACUUGGUUAACACACUUUUGCAAUAAAACAUGUUCUGCUGCUCACAGAUUCAACACUCAUUUAGCAUGAUGUCAUUAGUCUGUGGCAGUGGAAGAGCUAUUUACAAGGAGUAAAAUGUAAUUGACUUUGAGUAAAAAUGUUAUUGUCAGCAAAACAGUCUGGAAACCAUAAGACGUUGUUAUUAGCAAUCCUAGAGACUUUAAUUUGCAGUUAAAAGCAAAUGCGGCCUGACAGCCUUUUGUGUGGCUGGAAACAGUGACAAUAAGCAAAUAUGGGUAUUAACCUAUCAUCACAAUGUUUCCUAAAAGCAUACAGUCAGUAAGCAAAGACGUGAACUGCUAAUAGAUGGAUAAUGUGUUGUCCAGGUAGAAGGUAGCAAUUAAAAUAGGAAGAUUCUUUUUCUAUCAGGUUCUAUCCUCUUGCUGUUUCUAGACUUUGGCUCCCAUAAUCCUCAAUCAGAAUAUAAUCUCAUGUUACAGACUUUCCUAAUUUGGAUCUAAGGUACCUAAUGUGAUACAAAAUAUCUAAUUUGCUGCUGUUAAAACAGAAGUUGUAAUAGAUCCCAUACACUAGGGUUGGCUAACUGUUGGCAUUCCAACUCUUGUAGCUCUAGCCUCUAGACUUGUGCGCUGUGGGAAAAUAAGGUUUAGCUAAAUCAUUUUGUUCUAGAAAUGAAAUUUUAUUUAAUUCGGAACCUCCGACACAGUUCGGGUUAUCAAAAUAUCGUCCAUGAAAAAUAUUUGGUAAAAUUAUUUGGAUUAGCCAAAAAGGGCGCAAAAAGGGACCAAUCAGUGUACUGCAAAACAUAUACAUGUAGAAUAUUACAUAUUUUUAUGUUCUUAUAUGUCCUUUUACGGCCAUAGCUACAGUAUAUAGAACUUUAGACAAAGGACCCAAACGGACUGUUCUGUGAAUAUCUGGAUUAAUGUGCUUUCUCUCCAUCAAAGAUCUCUCUCUCUCUCUCUCUCUGUAGCAUCGUUACACUGUACCAUCUGUCAAAGUGUUUUUUUCAGGUAUGUUGUUUGCACUGUGAGUAGGAUAAUUAUAUAUUUUUUGUAUAAAUAACGUCACAUUGCCUAUUAAUAUUUUUUAGGGAUAUUGAAGAGUGUUACUCUGGGCCACUUAGAGGGUUAGUUCAAAUAUCAUAACCCCUACAGCCCGCUGUAAUGAUUGUGAUGCCAAGACUAUCCUGGCCUGGUUUAGCAACAGCAUCAGAGCCUGGGUCCCCACCAGUCUCCGAUGCUCAAUGGUAGUCCAGUGCCACAGUGGUCACAAUUAACAGGGUGAGAGCAUCAGCUGACCCCUCUCAACCUAUUCCUGUCAUUCUGUGCAAUUAACAUUGCACAGAAUUGACAUUAGCCAGCCCAGAAUUUAAGUUUCGGGCUGACUGAUGAUACCCCUAUUAAAUGGUGUUACACCUCUCGCAGAGAGGGGUUAAUCCCCGUAUGUGCAGUGUUUCAAAGUGAAAUGCUGCAUAUACAGACUCUAGGUACCAUGUCCACUUCAAAUCACUGGAGUGGUUAUGGGUGUUGGAGUAACUCUUAAAAAAGAAGAAAGUAUGUACAUAAAAACACAUAUUCCAAUCACCCUUAAUAUAUAUUUACUACAAU